AUGCCCGACAACGCCACGACUCUUGCCGCCUGGGACGUGGUGUUGCCCGAGCACCGCCCGAUGAUCGGCGACUCAACGCACCCGUCGGUGCGUUACUCGGCGUGCGUCGUGUGGCACGAAGGCCGCAUCGUCGUAACGCACGGCUACUUUUACAACCACGACAUCCGCCAGCCGGCAUGGCUGUCCGACGCGUGGGUGUUUGAGGUGUCGCGCGGCGCGUGGCGGCAGGUGCACCGCGGCGAACGGCACGGUGCGCCGUCGGCGCGCUACUCUGCCUCCGCCGUCGUAUUUGACGGCGGCCUCUACAUGUACGGCGGCGACGACGGCGGGCACAAGCACUCGCUGCACAAUUAUGUCUUCAAGGCGUGGAACUCGGAGCUCUGGCGGCUCGACCUGAGUAGCUUCACGUGGUCGUCCGUCACGCCGGUCGGCAGGGCGCCGCCGAAGCGCGCGCUGCAUAGCCAGCCGCCUGCCGCAGGCGACGCGAUGUACGUCUACGGCGGGCUCGAACGCGACGACACGUGGCGCUUCUCCUUCGCCGCCCGCGCGGCGCCGGACGGGCGCGGCUUCUUCGUCUUCGGCGGCACGCGGCGCGGCAAGCCGGGCAGCCGCUCCCCGCCCACCCCGCUCGACGACUUGUGGCACUUUGACGCGACGACGCGGCGCUGGUCGCUUCUCACGCAGAGCGGGCUGGGCCACGGGCCCGUGCCGCUUGCGCCGGCUGCCCGAUCGCACGCCUCCCUCGUCGCGGCGCCGCCCGACAGCCUGCUUCUGUACGGCGGAGCACACUGCACGCCUGGGUGCACGUGCUACGGCGACGCGUGGGUGUACGCGGGAGGAGGCUGGCGCCGCGUGAGCACGCCGAGCUCGCCGACUCACCGCUACCGGCAAGGCGUUGUCCGCGACCCGUCGGGCGGCGCCUUCUACCUCUUUGGAGGCGAGUGGCGCGAGUCGUACAAGCCGUACAUGCGCGCGCCUCUCCUCCCCACGCUGCAGCCGCGCCUCUCCUCCCCACCUGCGAGAGCACCGCGUAGGUACCACAACGCGAUCGACCGCCUCAUCGUCCCUAGCUUGAAGCCGCAGCCCGGCGCGGAGCCCGCCUUUACCGCCUUCUCCGCCGCCGGCGAGGCAGCCGCGCCGGAGGGUUGGGCGGCGGUGGGCGGCGGCGGGCCGGCAGCGGUAUGCGGCGGACUCCUCUGCUGCCUUGCACUCUGGUGGGCGAGGGGCAGGGCGCACCGCUCAGCGCAUGCGCUGGUCGCGCAGGGGUACCGGCAGGGCAUUUCGGGCCCGCUGUGA